AUGAAAUUUAAAAGAAUUAGUUUAACAUCAUCAAAUAUUCUGUUAUUGCUAUCAUUCAUAGAGCUAGUAGAGUCCAGGACUCUUAAAAUCAAGCCUUUGGACCAAAAUAUUGUUAUCUCAAUAGGUCCUCGGGAUAGGGAAUUUGCAAGCUAUAAGAUACAACUCGGGGAGGUGUUUAAAUUGGUAAGGAUGGGGGGAUCUUUUAAUCCACGGACCGAAUAUGCCGUAAUUAAGAGCGAAAACGGCGAAACAAUGAAGCUAGUGAAGAAAAAUCAUAAUUAUUAUAAGCUCAUUUUCAACGAUGGCAGCUACUUCGAGAACAGAUCAGGCAAAUGUAAGUUUUUCAUGAUACACCAGCCACCAGAGAAGUCUAGACUUCCAGAUGAGUUUGGAGAUGAAGAGGAAAGAUUGUUUGUUCUGGAUUCUGAAGGACCUAAAACUCCAGGGUUGUUCUCACCUUUAAUUCAACCUUUGCUUGAUUUAAAUCUUAAUUCCGGAAAAGAUAUGUUUGACGUUGAUAUGUUAGGCUCAGGGUUCUAUUCUGAAAGAUUACCAAACUCCGGAGUUGAUUAUGACUCAAGUCAUUUGUUAACUUCUGCACCAGAAUUGAGUUUCGUCCCACCACCUAGACCUCAAUCUAGUGGCCCCGCUAAACAGAGCCCCAAAAUCUAG